GUAUAAAUAAGAGAAGGGACAGCCAAACUGGGGGCCGUCUCAAAAGUGGUUUUCCAGCGAGAGGGUUAGAGAAAGAAAUGGCGAUGGCUAUGGUGCGAUCUGCUCUCCUCCGCAGCUCCCUUCGCGGUGGCGCCCGUCCCUCCUCCGUGCCCAAGCGCAACUUCGCUUCCUCUGCUCAUGACGACGCGCAUGAGACGGCGAAGUGGGAGAAGAUAACAUAUGCGGGUAUUGUGACAUGCACGAUUUUGGCGAUUUAUAACCUGUCCAAGGGGCAUCCUCAUUAUGAAGAGCCUGCCGCGUACCCAUACUUGCACAUCCGCAAUAAAGAGUUUCCAUGGGGUCCCGAUGGACUUUUUGAAGUUAAGCACCACUAAGUUCAGAAGUCACCCUUGCUUAGCUAAUUCCUUUGCCCAGACAUCUUGAGUUUCAAUGCAAGAACCAUUUCCGUGAGUCUAUAUGCAGUGUGCGGAUCAUGUAAUUGGGAAUUUCCUUUUCCUUUCAGGAUCUUGUUUCUCUGUUCAUCACAUUUCCCCUGAUAGUUCAAUAAAGUUUGAUGGAUGUGGUGGAUUGUUUUCACUUGAAUUCCUGGAUUUGUUAUCAAUAAAUUGUUUUCCCUCAA